ACUGUCAAACUCGUCGCGUCGUCGUCGUCGCGUAGCCUGCUUUGAUUCACGCAGAUUGUUGGGCAGAUUUUCUCCGGGUUUUUCGUGCGUUCCGUCGCGUUGAAGUUUGUUUCGCAAAUGGAAGAGCAAAUCGAGCGGAUGGACGCGAUCGCCGAGGACCACGCCGUCGUCGACGGAAGUGGUGGCCAGCGGAAGAUUAGCCUCGAGCCGGAGCGGAUCGAGGAUGGGGAUUUCGUGCGGAUUUGUUCCGCCGGGGGUGAUAGGGAGUUGGGGUCGGUUUUGGAACCGCUGCUCGAGCGGUUCCGGGGGGAUGAUUUGGUGGAGCGGGGGGAGGUUUUGAGGGAGGUUAUUGAAGAGGUGCUGGCCCGGGUGGAUGAUUUCGGGACGCUGGAGCGGUACAUCUGGCUGUUGCAGUUUUCGUGCGGGUUGUGUCUGCUGCGGGAUCUGCCGGUCGGGUUGAGCUUCGAGAUCAACAAGGUCAUCCGGUCGGUGGCGAACCUGGACACGGAGGAGUACCAGUUUGACCCGUUGAUGAUUCACACCAUUGCCAAGAGCCUCUUCGAGGACAUCCCCCUCAAGGGGAUGAACCUGGUCCACGUCAUCAAAAAGUUGGCCGUCCUCAACCAGAAGCUCUUCAGCUACGUCUCAAUCGCGAUGAUCUUCGCCGGCGUCCGGCACUACACCCGGCCCGACCAGCCCACCCGGAUGUACCGCCUGUACGGCCUGUCGGAGGUGCUCGACCUCCUGGAAUCGCUCAAAAGCGACCACCUGCAGCAAAAGUCGCUCGACAUCCAGCGCAUCUUCCUGAUCCUCAAGCUGCUCUCCUGCUACCAGAACGUGGCCAUCCUGCGCUACAGCCAGGACUCGCGGCCGGACAUCGAGGAGCAGCACCGCUGCUUCGGCGAGUUUUUCAUCUUCCGGGAGGAGCACAAACGGAGCUACCUGCGCCAUCUGGCGCUCGCCCUCGAAGUGGUCAAACGGAUGAGUGGCCGCGCGGACCACUUUGACCGGCUGGCGGACAACGAAGAUUUUAUGCUGGUCGUCGAGCUGCUCGAGCUGGACAUGAUUCCGCUGGUGAAGGAUGACCUCGGCGAGGAGGAAUAGAGUUUGUGUGUUCCAAUAGUUUUGUGCAUUUUUUUUUGCUUAUUUUGGCUUCCCGAUUUUGUUUCCACACUCGUGAAAGGAAGAAAAUAUGUGAUAUUAGUAGUGGCGUGCCAUGCGGCUUAGCAACGUGGCUUAAGUAGUGUGUAAUGAUAAGCUAGUG